AUGGCUGAAUCGAAGAAAAAAUGUAGGCAGUAUAAUAUUGAAUAUUUGAAGUACGGUUUUAUUCAAUCGCCUACAAAUAUUACAUUACCAAUGUGUCUCAUUUGCCAAAAAGUAUUUUCAAAUACAGAAACCAUAGAUUCUGCAAAAUUAGAAGAAGAAUUGAUAGAAGUAACUACAAAUGAGGAAUCAAAAUUAAAGUUUAAGGAAGGUUACCAAGUAUUCUGA